UUCUAGGAGGCUGAUUUCAAUGCAAUAGAUCCCCUCCUUUUACACAGGAACUCAAGUAUAGGUGGUCACCGCGGUAUGGUCAAGUUCAAAUCUCGAGUUCAGUCGGCCAUCAGCUACGAUUGACGUACAAUCAUUGCAUACAUGGCUUUUCUCAAUUACUACAAUCAGAAAUUAUUAUCCGUGGAUAGCGAGCAACAAUGAACAUAAAGAAUGUUUGGUCAAAUUUCUCAGAUUUUAGUUUAAAAGUUAGGUUGUUUCGUGACGUAAACGUGUCCAAAAUUAAAUACAUUAAAUUUCCUUUUUUGUUUUUUUCCAAAAAAAACUCUUUGUUGCAUUUACAAAUUUUUUAAAAUAAUUGUUUAUAAAAUUAUUUUAUAUUACCAAUCUGGAAUAAAAUGCAGAACACGACAUCAAUAUGGACAGUCAGGCGAUCUCGUCGAACGAUGUCGUCAUCGCAGGCCGAUUGCGAAGCAGCAUCGGGAGCAAUUUGAUAAACCAUCCACCAAAGAAAAGGGUGAAUUUUCCGAAGACCAUGAACUUAACCUACAUAUCGGACAUUGACGAAGAUCAAAUCCUCUCAAUUCAUAAUGAUCUACUUAAAAAUGGAAAAAAAAGUGAAAGGAAGAAUGAAAAGAAAGACAAUUCGGAAGAUCAUAACAGGAGUUCUUUUAAAUCGAAUUGCAGCCGAUUAUUCAAACCGGGUCAGUUGAUCAAGCUACGUUUCCCAUCUAUCUCUCACGUGGUUCACGGAAACGAACAUGGCGACCUCUACUAUCGUCGGCGCCGUGGCCGCGAUUGGUUUAGAAUCAGUGCGCGAUGCGUCUCCUGUAUUUCAAAUCGAACAUCAAACAACCGAGUGCCUUUGAGACAAUGCACGUAUCCUCGGCGAAGUAGUCGAUGUGAGGUUCAAUCUUCCUUAACUCCUGAAGCGACACAAUUAAAACAGCUGCUACGAGGACGAGGCUACACCGAAGAGAAGAACAAGGGAUGUUCGAAGAAUAAUUUCUUCAGCGGUGAGAAAUCGGAAGUGGAGCGUCGAUCUUCGAAGCAGAACGUGGAUUUAUCGUCCUCGAACGCGGUACAGACGUCGCGAAAACGACGCGUAGGCAUCGUGGAGAAUCAGUACGUCGCCGAGAGUGACGCCGGCUCGUCGGUAUGCGACUUGGUUCAAAGCUUGGAACGAGUGCUCGGUGAGAAGAACAAGGGGGUCACGAUGAAGUCAAAGAAGCAACAGAACGCCCUGGAGGGUAUCGUCGACCCUAUAGAAGAGAAUGAAACCUAUGACGAGUUCGACACGGUGAGAAUGCCGGUUGUUAGAUCCCUGAGCAAGAGUCCACAGAGCGACGAAGGUAUUGAAACGGACACGGAUCGAAGAAGAGGAUCGAUGGCCCGAUGCUGGAGCCUCGAUUCGGCCGCAGCCAGUGACGAGGACACAUCUCUGACUACUCACCAACAGAAACGACACAAACUACGGGUUACUAGAUGCUGCAGCUCCGAUAGUGCAGUGCUCAGCGACGAGGACCAAAUAAAAGGAUGGGAUAGUACAAAUAUGGUGGAGGGAAGCGAGACUGAGCAUAAUGAGGGAAGACCUAGAUAUUGGAGAACACCCAGUGUAGUUGUUAGUGAUUACUCUGAUUAUUCUUACUUAGAUGAAAAACUAGAGAGAAAUGAUCUUGAUCUUGAAAAGUAUGAAGGGAUUAGUGGCACUCCCAGCCAAGCAAGCAGCUGCUCUUGCUUGGAUUGUGAUGAAAUACGUGAAUCUUUAGAUACUCAGUUCCUACAAGUCUGCCGUAGUAGACGACAUUCAGAUUCUUGCUGUUUGUGUCUUGACUCUAUAAAUGCUGUUGCUGUAAGAAACCUCAAUGAGACUGGAAAUAGAAGAAAUUCUUGCCUGGAUUCCACUGACUCCUACUAUUCCAAGCUCAACACACAGUUUACACAGUACAUGCCACGGAACUCUUCAGAGUUGCAAGAAGAUAUAAAAGUUGGCUUAUUGAACAUUCCACCGGCACGAAAAAUCUCAGACUGUUCCACUACAUCUAGCCUUAGCGGAGACGAAUCUGACGUCGCUGAAUUACAACCAAUCAAGUCCUCCAAGUCGUCAGGAUGGAGAAAACUUAGGAAUAUAGUUCAUUGGACACCUUUUUUCCAAACCUACAAGAAACAACGGUAUCCAUGGGUCCAACUAGCGGGUCAUCAAGGAAACUUCAGAGCGGGGCCUACUCCAGGGACGAUUCUAAAGAAACUCUGCCCUCAGGAAGAAGCUUGCUUUCGUCUGUUAAUGAACGACGUAUUGAGGCCGUACGUUCCAGAGUUCAAAGGUGUUUUAGAUGUAAACGAUACAGAAGAAGGGAAUGUCGAGGAGCAUGAUGCAGGGGAAACACAUCAAAAGGAUGGUAAUGGUGACAAUGUGACUAAGAGGAUCGUAGUGUCCUCUUACUUGCAGCUGCAAGAUCUUCUCGGAGACUUUGAACAUCCUUGUGUGAUGGAUUGCAAAGUUGGAGUCAGGACGUAUUUGGAAUCGGAACUUGCGAAAGCCAAAGAAAGACCUAAGUUACGAAAAGACAUGUACGAGAAAAUGAUACAAGUGGACCCAUCUGCACCAAGUGCUGAGGAACGUCGAGUGCAAGGAGUCACAAAACCAAGAUACAUGGUUUGGCGUGAAACGAUUUCCAGUACAGCUACGUUAGGCUUCCGCGUAGAAGGUAUUAAACUUGCUCAUGGAGGUUCGUCGAAGGACUUCAAAACGACGAGGACUCGGGAACAGGUUACGGAGGCGCUGAGACGUUUCGUGGAAGGCUAUCAGCACGCUGUACCCAAGUAUAUCCAACGUCUAAAGGCGAUUAGAACUACACUGAAAGCAUCGCCGUUCUUUGCCUCACAUGAAGUUGUCGGGUCUAGCUUGUUGUUCGUUCACGAUGCCAAAAAUGCUGGCAUUUGGAUGAUUGAUUUUGCUAAAACGUUACCUCUACCACAACAUUUGCCAAGGAUUUGUCACGAUGCCGAGUGGAAAGUUGGAAAUCAUGAAGAUGGAUACUUGAUAGGUGUGAACAAUCUAAUAGACAUAUUCCAAGAUAUAUGGAACUCCGAGGGAACAUAAUUAUACGGACCAUUUCGUUUGGAAAUAAGUUGAUGCUACAACAAAGAGGAUGUUGAGUUAAACGAACAUCAUGCACUCUUAACUUUGUAAACAUAAAUGCACCUUUUGUUCAGGUGCUUUUUCUUCUGUAUCUUUUUCUAUGAAUCUAUACUUCGUAUUUCGUGAAAUUUUGUACAUAGAUCAAUGACUUUUGUUAUGAUGUCUUUCGUAUGAUAUCCUCUUACCAGAAAACGGACCAAAGACGCGGUAGCUAUUGCUGCCUAGGUAUUUCAUAAUUAAACUUUCCUACAACGUAGAGACGAUACACAAAGAGAACUUGUAAAAUAUAAUUUAAAUGAUACCGUUAUGUAAUAAGUUUUAUUUAUGCAUUACAUGCAACGCUACAAGAAUCUUCUUGAUACAAGAGAACGAAGAAACGGUGGUUUUGUAUUUAAAAUCGUACCAUGCAUUUGUAAAUAAUUCGACACUUAAUAUAAAAAAAUCUUCACGA